AUGCGUUCCUCCACAAUCUCCAGUAUACUAAUCAACCUGUUGCUCUUGGCAUCAGUAACAUGGGCAUGGUCAAUGCCGGAUAUAUUUGACGGCCUUUUAAAACGAGCCGAUACCACAAGCACAGCGAGCGACUCAACCGCCAGUGUUACUAGCGCAACUGCUUCGGAUAGCACAGCUACAACAGCAACCACGGGUACCACAGCUUCAGUUAAUACAGCUUCAAAUACUGGUACGGCCUCUGGAGCAACUUCUGGGGCAUCUUCUGGAACAUCGUCUGGGGGUUCCUCUGGAACAAGCUCUGGAACGUCCUCUGGAAAGACUUCCGGUACCAGUAGCGGAUCGAAAACGACCUCGUCGAGCUCGAUUUCUGUCAACCCCGUAGACCCUGCUGGCGGUGCUUCUAUGACAUACCCUGCGUCAACCUCAACUACCUAUUACAAAAUCGGCAACAAUGUCACAAUGGGCUGGAACUACACGUCGGUCCAAAUUACACCAUCCGCAGUCGAUGUCAUUGCAACAUGCAGCUUGAACAAGGCAACUUACACUCUGGCCAGCAAUGCCAGUUAUGUAAACACUACUUCUAUUACUUGGGAUACAGACAACUACGGGUCGGACUCCGAAUAUCCAUUGGUCACGGCCGAGUAUACUCUGAUCAUCUACGAGGCUGGCACAUCGCCAACGGAAGUUGCUAGCGCAGGAGCACUUGGACCAGCUUCAUACACGUUUGGAAUGUACCUUCCUCAGUCAUAUACGCCAUUGAAUGAAUGGACCUGCGUAACGUGCAGCGCCGCAAUCUCGGAUAUGGAACGACAAACGUUCGGCUUUAUGAUUACCAUGGCAGCCAUUACCAUCGCCACAUUCACCAUCUUCGCCGGCGGAUUUGGAGCGGUCUUAUAG